GCGGUUAAUGACAAGAUGUUUAUAUUGCUUUGCUCUGAAGCUCCACCUCUGUUCGUGGGUGAUGACACGUGUCAAUCACUUGCGCGUGAGUACCUCAGUAUGUAAAUGCAUCAAGUGACGUCACGCGUACAGCGAGAGAAGGACAGGCAGAAUGGCUGCACAGUGCCGUAGCUCCAAAUGCACGGCAGAGAGGAAAGGAUUCCGGCGGGAACUAGAGUCCUGGCGGCACAAACUGGUCCACUGUGUAGGUUUUGAAAGUAUACUAGAAGGGCUCUAUGGGCCAAGGCUACUUAGGGACCUCAGUAUAUUUGAGGACUGUGAACCAGAUGAGGUGAAAGAUUGGUCUAUGGAUGAAAACUGUUCAUUUUGCAAACUACAAAUAGAGAAAGUCAAUGAUAAUAUUCCCACUCUUGGUUCAUCACAGACACCUCCAACAGAAGAAUCUCUAUCUCAGGGCCAGUCUAACACUGAGCAAAUUGAAUGCCAAGCAGAAAAAAUUCUUCAUGCAAUCUUUCAAAAGAAAGACCUUCCUCAGAACUGUGAUCUGAACAUUCCCUUAGUUGCUCAGGAAUUAAUGAAAAAAAUGAUUCACCAGUUUGCUAUUGAAUAUGCUUCAAAAAGCUAUCACAUUCAGGAGACAAAUGUAUCAUGUGCGGAUUUGGAUUCAGUUUGUAGCAGUCUCCAGCAACCACAAGAUCAAGAUGGACCGUUGGACCUCACUGUGAAUAGAAACCAACAGAAUGUCGAACAAGUAGAUGGCGUGCUUGAUCUGUCAAAGAAAACCAGUGCCACUUCUGCGUCAAUGUCAUCAAAUGUAGCAUCAGGCUCCAGGGUACCUGUUGAUGUUGACCCAUUGCCACACCUGGAAAGCACAGAUGAAAAGUUGGAUCUAAGAAGAACAGCUCUUGAAAUGGUCAUGUCGUCCUUGUGUCUGUACCAUAAGCAGCUGCUUCUCAAUAUGUUGAGAUAUAUGUAUGAAGAUUACAGUUUUUCAGCUAUUCAAAAUAAGGACUAUAAUAGACCUUUUUCUUAUUCAGACACCUGUUUUUGCAGUUUUGGAAAUAAGGUGCAUCAGGAAAUUCACAGUUUCAGAGAACACAAAAUGACAGACAGGCGUUGUGUUCAGUCUUGCAGAGUAAAUGCAUACUCAGUUCCUAAUUUCUGCAUCUGCCUAAAGAAUCUACAUUGCUUAUCAUGCCAAAGUACAGCUAUCGGAUGCAUUAACAAAAUGGUCAGUCACAGAAGUUGUGAUGCGUACAGCCACUAUAGAUGCUCUUGUUCCUACCAGAAUUAUAGUUGUGCUGCCACCACUGCAACAAACCCUCCAUUUACACGUCUGAAAAUGUGUAAUCAGUUGGAAGCCAACAAUGAUUGCUGUAGAAGAAGCCCAUCUCCUCCUCCAUUAUCGCCCAUAGCAAUUGACAAUACUGAUAAAUACGGAGAAAGGAGCACAAGUUGUCCAGUGUUAGUUCACAACAGAAGUGAAAUUAGUAGUAAUCUGUCUCCAUCCCAUUUACCACAUGACAAGGAAAGUAAUGUUGAUUUCCUAACCGAUGUCCAUGAGAAAAAGUCAAAUAAAGAGACAAACCGUACUCCUCAACCUGAGGGUAAAAUACAGCCAGCUAAUGAGGAGGGUGAUGCAUGUUCAGAAUACCCUGAGGAACAGUUAGAACAAACUGAAAGUGGAUCUUUGAUUCAUGAUCUAAUGGAGAGAAUAAAUAAAAAGCUGAAACCACUGGAAAAAGAAUCAAGUCUAGCAAAUUUAGCUGCUAAUGAAAAUGUAGAAGAAAAUGAAAAUAUUCAUUUAGGAGACAUUAUAACAGCUAUUCUGCAAAAAGACAAUGGUAAGAAUGAUUAUAAUUUAAAGGAGCUUCUUAUUCAGCAUGAGCAAUGUGUGGAAAAUAAAACAAUUCAGACACAUUUCUGCAGAAGGCACUCUCUUGACUUGCCCUCUUCACGUCGUCAAGCGUUACAGAUUAAAAGAGAAAUUGCUAGUCAUGACCAGUCUUUUGUCAGGAGAAAUCCAGCAGUGGAAAGAAAUGAAAAAAAAACUGACAAUAAAUCUUCACUUGCACCAAGCAUGGAAACAAUGUCUUUAAUUUCUGAUCCUGAAAAUGUUUCUGCUAAAAAUGGACAACCUGCUAAUGACAAACAAGUUCCAUUCUGUGAGCUGCCAUCAUUGGGUGAUCCAGUAAAAAUGUCACCAUAUGAAUCAAGUUAUUCAACCACAGAAAGUCAUCCAGAGAUGUCAAUAAGCACUGUAACCUUGGAAACACCACAUAAAAGUGGUGAUGUAAAUGCAGUUGAAGACAAGCAAAAAAACGUAGAAGCAAAGGGCACUUUCAAACCUGAAAAUGUUGGUGGUUCAAGAAGAGCUCAAAGAAAUAUUGUUCCACCUGAACGGCUUUCCAUGUAUGUUACAGAGCCUAGAAAGAUGUAUCUUGCUGCUUGCUUUCCGGAAAGCCUUUUCAUUCAAAAAUCCCCUAAAGUUAAAAGAAAUUCUCUAGCUUGUGGGAGUAAUAGUGCAGCCACAAAUGCACCUUGUAAUGGAAUUUUCACCCAGUGGAAGGAUCAGAUUAAAAAUUGUGAAGCUGCAAAUGUGACUCCAGGUUUAAUCAAGCAAGCUCUCCCAGAAAAUGUGCCUUUGAAUCUUUGUAACAGAUUAACACGGAGAAAUAAAGUUAGGGAACCAGCUGUGCCAAAAGAGGCUAACGCUUCAAAAUCUUCAAGUAUUACAUGUAAUGAAAAGGAUGGCACAAAACAGUGUGCACAGAAAAGGAAAAGGCAUUUUGUUUCCAGUUCAUCAAUACUUUUGAGAUCUUCUGUCACCCAUGUUAAAGAAAACGCACAGUCAAAUUCUAAUAGUACUGAAAGUUCAGAGAAUUGUUCAUCCAUCACCAAUUCCAGUUCAUCUAUAAGCAAAACUGAUCUCCAGACUGUGUCCGAUUCAUUUGAAAAUAAUUCUUUGCUUACCUAUACUAGUCCAAUAAGACUGAUGUAUUUUUCUCAAAUAAACAGUUCUGAUGGGGUGAAAUACAAAUUAACUUCUUCGUUUUCUAAUACCAGUAAGGAAGGUGGUUCACUUAGCCCAUGCUUUGAAAGUGUAGUAAAUGGUGAAGAAGCAAAUGUAUUGCAAGAAACAAGGAAUGAUGAAAAGGCCAUGUACUCACAAAACUGUGAAGCUGGCAAUGAUGGGGUAGGCACUAAUAAAGAUGUGUAUGCUACUGAAGCAGAGAGAGCACUGUCUAGUAAUGAAAAGAACUCCGAGUGUGAUGAUCAAAAAGAGAAAGAAAACCAUCCAGGUGCUCAUGUAGAGAAGAAAGACUUUGUUCUUAAAAGAAAACCUGGUCGACCUAAAAAACUAGGCCCACAAAUUGAACAACGGGUGAAGAGACCAAUUGGUAGACCACCAAAACAUAAGAGGGAGUGCUGUGAAUCUGUUUCUAGUAAGAGUGAUGCUGUAGACAAUAGCAGUGCUGAUUGUUCACUGGCCAAAGACUAUGAAUGCAAUAACAAGACUAUCAAAGUCACUGUGGUCUAUGGGCGAUCUAGAAGAAUAAAGCGGCUUGUGUCUGAAGGUGAUGAUAAUAUUAGUAAAGAUACAGAUUUUCAAAAUGACUCCUGUGAAAACCAAAGAGAAAAUGAGGAUUCAGAGGCAGAUUUAGAAGAACCUUACAGAAGUGAUCACUCCAACCAAACCAGUGAAAAGAAGGUGGAAGACAAUCACUUUGACUUUGUAAGGCCUGUAACAGACAAGGACGGUGCGCCCCGCUCUAGCAGCAACAUUAUUUGUCAAAAUCAAAAGGUUAUGGCUGCUAUGAGAAAGCCAGGACGACCUGCAAAGGUAAAAAUUUCAGGCAUCUCUGUAACUGUUAACACAGUUUCCCCAAAGCAAAGGAAAAUUUGUAUUUGCAGGGAAUUGUCAGAUGUGCUUGAUGAGGAAUCUGAGCCAAUCAAACUGGAAUUUGAUGACAAUCAAAGUGCCACAAAAGAGCAGGCAGUUAAACUACCUUCAAGUGACAAUAGUGUAGGCCAGUUAGAGAAUGAAGACAAAAAAGUAAGAAACAAAAAAAACCCUGUACUGCCUGUGAGGUAUUCCAACAGAGUCAGGAAACCUUCAAUACACUUCCUGCACUCUGUGGCAACGUCUAGUGCAUUCUCUCAUAGUAAUGCCUUGCUACUCAAAUCUCGAAAACUGCUGUUAAACAAAGCUGAUAAUGAAACUACGAGACAUCGUCUGGCAAGCCUUGAAGUACCAAGCAAUGAUACCUCAGAAGUUACAUCUUUAGAGACCGAAAAUAAAAAUCCUCUCACUGAACAGGUUAAUUUUAGCCAUGUAUUUGAAUUGCCAGCCAAUUCAAUUUUUGCAUCAAAUGCAGCUCUCAGGUGGUGGUCUAUCUCAACUUCAAGGGACCAUUUACAAGAGGAGCUGCACAGGAGAUUUCAGCAAAUAACAAACAGUUGGCACUCGGUUGAUAUUGGAGAACUGGGAAACGAACAAAGAGAAAGGGAAAGCACAGUCCAAGACAGGACAUGGGCAAUGCCAAGAAGUGAACUUCAAGAAAACCAAGUGUCGGCAGUUAAAAUGUUAUUUCAGAAACACUGUGAUAUGAAUAAACUUUCUGCUUGGUUCAUGCAAACCACAGAAACACAGUCCUUGGCCAUAGUAAGAAAGACAAAUGCCUGUAAUCCUUCCAAAGUUCUCCAUUAUAAAUGCACCAGAGCAGCAAACAGAGCUGGUAUCUGCCCCAAUCCAUUAGCAGAAUGUUUAAGCAAACGCAUAAAAAAAUUUGCACAGGCAUCUCCUACAAGUCCUGCAAGACAUUUUCAGAUGCAGGACACAAUGAGAAAGAGGAGAUUACAUGUUAGGAGAAGACUGUUGUUAGGCAAACAGGGCACCACUACAUCAACGAUCUUGAACAAGCAAACAAAAACAUUUGGAGAAAACACAAUGCGUAGAAAUGAAAAAGAUCCUUGGAGAAGAAAGUCCAAAUUCAUGUACAGAGCUAUAAUCUAUAAGAGACUGGCGAGAAGAAAAAACACCCUAGCUCUGCCCCUUGUUAAAACUUCUCCAGAUAUCCAAACGGAAAACCAUGAAACAACACAGUUGUUUCCAGACACAAUGCCAUCUUCCUUUAUAGGAAUCCAGAGUCAUUCACUAAACUUGUCAACCACCACUGGGAAAUUGAAUAUCCAGCAGCAACAGCAGAGCACAACAGAAGAGCUUGACCCUGAAGAGAAAAUCUGUACAAAUAGAUGGAGCCCAGAAACCUUCAAGGAAUGUAGGGUGUUUCUGACAAAACUCAACCCUCCAGAAAAACAGAAAAACAGCAACAUUCAGUCACAAAAUCCAGUUUUAGAUAAAUCUGUUAAAGCUGGCAGCAGCAAGACAGAUUGUGCAAUUGAAGAAAGUAAUUUGUGCACUGUGAAACUGUAUGACGUUCUCUCUGCAAGUAAAUGUGUGUUUCCUGUCAAUAAAGAAAGAGAAGACCAAACAAGCAAGUUAGAAAAUGAGACUAGCAGAAAAAAAGUUGCCUCUGAAGGAACAAGACAUUCUCCAAAAAGGAAUGUAAUUUGUAAGCAAACAAAUAAUGAUGAGCCAUUGUGCGACAAAUCAAAUAGAAACUUUGAAACUGGAACGAUAACUAUGCUAACAAGAAAAAGAACAAGCCUCAACACGCGUCUUGAAGAAGCUGCAAAAAAGAGAAGACAAUCUUUGAAUGGAUGGCCAUCAGGAAGGAACUCUCAUUGGUUGUUAGCAAAAGACAACGCCCACCUGAAGGUGUCCAGUCAGUCUGCGGAGACAACUGAACACCCAGCGGACACGUGCAUGAUGGACAUGUUAUCCCAUCAGGAAGAGGCAGAGGUGGUGUCCCAUGGACUGAAAGAAAACACCUGGGAGGUUUGUAUGCUGUCACCAGCCUUCCUUCAGCUCACCGGCUUAAGGGAUUUGGCUGGCAAUUACUGGGUCAUGGUAAGUAAUAAAGGCUGCCAGGAAGAUUACUUUAAAUGUAUUUGACUCUUUGGGAAUUAAUAAUAACCAUGAUUUUUGUUCUCAGGUCAUAUCACUGCUGCAGUACAGCAAAGCCAGUUCAGAUCGUGUGGCCUGAUGUACAGCAGCAACAGAGAUGUAGUGAUCAAAAGCAAAUGCGUGAUCAUCUUUUUUCUUGUUUUCUAGAUGGAUCGCUUACUCUUUCCCAAGCUGUGAGAGGACCCCUGUCCCACAAGUAAAUUGUGAAGAUGUGGAGGUCUACUGCACAUGCAGGAGACCAUACAGGAUUGUACUGGAGCUGAUGGUGGAAUGCGGGAGGCCCACGACGAAAGGUUUGAGGCCCAAGAUGGCCUGUUGGGAGAGGAGGACAGUGACGGAGAUCAGGGUGCCAUCGGCAUCAAAACAAGCAUAGAUGGGGGGGCUGCCGCUCCACCACCUUCCCUCCCCCUCUGUACCUUAAUAUUUAGAGAAGGGAAUGAUGAAGGUUAAGCAUAGUGCUGAAUUUCAGUAUGUAAGAAACAUUUAUUUUUUUCAUGAAGUAUGAAUUAUAACUAUGGUACAUUCAUUUUCAAUAACAUGUCUGUAUAAAUAUCCAAAUAAAUGUGGAUAUAUCAAAAAUAGGACAUUCAACAUUCAAGUGUUGAAGAUACUCAUGACAAAACAAAAUGUAAUUUCUGUCCAGUAAGUUUUAUUUAAAGAACAUUUCUGUCCAGGAUGAAUGAUGUGUAGUCUCGAGUUCCUUUAUAAAUGCAGGACAGAACUACGAGAUCACAUUGCACAUGAUGGACAGAAGGUAGACAUUUGAUGUUUGCACAGAUAUCUUCUGUAUUUCACACAGGUAAUGUCUGUCUUAUUGUCAUUGCUUGAAGGGCUUUGCAAAUGCCAGUUGCUGCAGGCGGAGAUGCACCGGCUCUUUCUGUCUGAGCAUUUCGGAUAAGAGCAAAUGCUGCAGAUGCUCUAGACGUUCUUGAUCGUCUUUGAAUAAGCCGUGUCAUCUAGUGCCCAACAUCUCCUGUAAAAUUCUGUGUUGAUACAGCUUUCCACAUUGCAUUGAUAUCAGUCCAAAGGAUAAAUGAUUGUAUGCCACCACAUCAGCUAUAUUGUAGAAGAUGACCAGUGACCAGCAGGAAUUGUAGUCAAUAUUAUCUCUGGCUUCUUGUCAUCCCUGAUACACACUGUUGCAUCGUGCUCAUCACAAUAACAUUCUUGCUUUUUUUUUUUUUUUUUGGACAGUAUGAAAGAACUGCUGUACUGUCUGUAAAAGAACAUUUUGAAGAGUGUACACUGUGGUUCUGUAUUUUUACAAUCUCAUUUGGAAGCUCAAGUUUGUUUUUUCCUCACUGUUCCAAGCAUGAUCAACUUUCUUUUGAGUAGCUUAGCACCAAGUCUGUAGGAUGUGAAGAAGUUGUCACACAACAUUAUAACCUUGGAGUCUAUGAGUAAUUUCCCCUCUGUUUUUUUUCAGGUGCUUCUCCAGGCAGUUUCCUUGUGUACGCCUGCAUAUUCCAUGCAAAGCUCGAUUUAGCAUUGCAGAUUGCCCAUAUUUUUAUGCCAUACUUAGUGGUUCAUCCACUGUAACAUUUGGUCUUGGGUUGUAAAGCAAACACAAAAUGUCUACCCAUUUAUCCCACACUUCCCUGAUAGCAGCUAAUUUGUUUCUUUCACAGCGGUUGGCUCAGGUAUCACAAUUAUCAAAGCGAAUCAUUUUAGCAAUGAUGUGAAAUGUUUCCAGUGGCAUGGUGAUUUAAAUAUAGCCCUACUAGUUUCUGUAUUCCACAAACUACGUUGCUUCUCUUUUGGAUCUCUGUGCACUCCAGCCAACAAAAGUAGCCCGUUAUAUGCAUGCAUAUUGAAGAAGGUCUCGUAGUAGUGAGUAGUUGUUUCUUGGUGUGAUCGAGAUGCAAAGAAAUACACAGUCCUUUUCUUCAAAUAUUAGUUUGGUUUAUUCAAUAUAUGCAGGGAAACAUUUUCCCAUUAGAGAGCAAGCUGAUUCAAAUAUGCAUACAGAAACAAGCUCUUUAAUACCCAUUUGCACAGGAGUUUUUCCCCUCCCCUGUUCCUCUGUAGGUCCAAUCACCACGGGACAACACCCUGUGGGCUACACCUGCGGAGGGAUCCCAUGUGCAGAGAAAAUGGCGUGUUGUGUACUAAAGUGAUCUAAAGGUUGCUAUUGCAGAAAGUAAACUGGUUCUGGCUUGAUUGUGUUUAUGUUUAGUACUUGUUCUUGUGUUCUCACACUAUGCGUAAACUAUACUAUCUUUGGCGUAUCGGUCCCUCCAGCACUGGGUGAUUGUAGUUUCUUCAGCUGCUAACUGCCGCUGUUGUUUUAUGCACAGACUUGUGGGUUUUGCCGAUUUCUGCCGAAUAGCACUAUUUGAUGCAGUCUUGCACUUAUCAGCUUCUUAUACCUUCUCUGACACUUUUUUCUGCAAAACUAACAAAGUGUACAAAACUGUAAAUGCUUGCAUCUUAUAUUGCGUUAAUGCUUUGUUUUCCAUGUUCUCCAAUGUAUAUCAACAUGAUCAAGUUAUUUCCACUUUGUACUCAUGCCUUCCAAGUUUGUCAUUUCCAGUAUUAUGUUUUUGAUUGCUGAUGGUAUCAAAAGAUCAAAUGCUGAUGCUAUGUCAUGAAUGCAGGUAACAGCAAAUCUAGUAGACCCAGGAACCAUUUUAACAUUGGAAUUUGACAGCCUACCUUGUGUGGAGAUGCUGCCCAUGUUAUAAAAGACAAAGCAUUUUAUUUUAUUCAUACAUACAAAGCAACAUAGUUAAAUACCUUGGGUCAUAUUUACCCAUAGCAUUGUGUUUGUAUACAAGAUCAGUUCUAAAAAAAAUAACACCUCAGAGUUCUUAUUUUCUGUUUAUAAGUUAAUGUCCCAUGCCUAGUAAAAGUCAUAAAAUAUUAUAGAGGGGUAAAAAGGUCAACAGAAACCAGGAGGGUUAAUAUAUUACAUAGAUCUACUUAUCCAGUACAAGUUAUUGAGUGUAUCAUAAUCAGGAAUAUGGAGGUGCCCUAUCUGUCUGUCUGCAUGUCACAUUUGUUUUAUAAUGUAUGGAGAACUGCUUGUCCAAUUCUGGUUAAACUUGGCAAGACCAUUUUUUUAAAGAGGUUAUUGAUAAUCUGGGGUUUUACUAAAGCUGUCUUUUUGUCGGUGUGUAUGUGAAACAUUCUUUUUACAAAGAAAUAGAGAACCACUUCCCAAUUAUAACAAUAAGGGUAGGUGGACCUAACAGAACAGCGAGGUAGUAUGUGAUGACUAUGAGUCGAGCAGCGGUACAUUUGUGUAGUACGGUUAAAAAAAUAAAACGUAUUCAAUCAAGAGAGACAUAUUUGGCCAUUCGAAGAGCCUGAUAUCGCUUGGGAGUCAUAGGUUGGUGACCCUAGGUCUAGUGGAUCACGUCACGUGAACAUAUUAAUUUGGAUACAUUGCAGACUAUCAAUUGUCUAAUUGAAUUGAUAUUCUACUAAUAUUUUGUCUAAUUUGGGGGUUACCCGAUUGAAUAGUAAUAAAUUCAAUUAUGCAUACAAUUUAGUGUAGAACUGUUGUACUCAGACAUUCCCCAAAUGUUUCACAGAGGUGGAGUAAACCCAUAGUAAAGCAGACAUAUUCAAGAUGGACAUAUUCAGUACAGUAGACUUGCUAAUCUGAACCAGUUACGAUUCAGAUUUGUAAAAUAUGAAACAGAAUCUCUACCAAAAUCACUCUCGAUUUAUAGUUAAGCAAAAAAUAAAUGAGGAAUAAACCUGUAAAAACAAAACAAAUGUAAAUAUAUACAUUAAAAAAAAGUUUUACACACAUAUAACAAAAUUAUGAUGGAUUGUUUAGGUGCCUACAGCAGCUUCCAGGAUGUAUUUCAUUAUCAUUGUGCUUCGGGUAAUAAUAGGACAAUUCAGACUACUACCUUGUUUCUCAGAAGUUGACUUUUAUAUUGAAAUGUCAAAACUGUAAGUAAAUAAGUAACAUUACUCUCAUUGUUGUACUACUCUGCCAUAACAUUAUCUCUUUCAAUUGGUUAGUAUAAUCUGAGCCCACGUAAAUGUUAAAUGGACCAUAAUACACAAGGCUUGUUGCUAAAAUAAAACCUUUUCAAUAGUUUUUCAAUUUAUUUGAGGAAUGUGUUUUUUUAAAAAUAAAAUACAGAUGCAUGUACAUUGUUGUUGGCACAUCUUUCAAAAUUGUCGACAACAGUUUCCUGAACUUAAUUUUCUGAACAAAAAAAAUAUGGUCUUCAGCUUUAGUGAAAGGUUUGUUUCAUUAAAUAUAAAGAAAACUAUUCUGUAAUUGGUGCAGUGGUUUUAAAUUGUAAAUAGUAAACAAUGA